AGAUCCUCUAGAUGAGAUAAUGGGCUGCAGGUGAACCAGAUCAGCGCAGCAGGUCCAAGCCCUCCAGGAAUAGCCUCCAGGCGACCCCUAGUGGAUGGAAGGAAAAGCAGCAACCAGAAAAAACACCCAGGAUCCCAACAAAGACUAUGACUGCAACAUAUUUUAGUUUAUGUAUUUAGUUUUCCACAUGUACAUUCUAUGUGCAAUAAACCUGUUUUGUAACAUAAGAUGGUAGAUAAGACUUCACUAUGCAGAAAGAAAGAACCAGAACAAAGUACCAGAAUGUAUUCUUGUUAACAAUUAACUGGGUCUUCUUAUCAGUCAGAUAAGUUACUCAAACUAAAAGUGAAACCAAAAACAUCCUACAAAUAGCUUUGAACUCUUUCUUUUAUUCCACUUCGACAGUCCUUCUUCUCUGCAGCUCAUCACCUGUUCAGCUCGUUGUUCCCAGUCAUGGGGAAUCGGCCUCCAGCACCUCGACCGGCGCCUCCCCCUCAGCCGCCUCCCCCUCAGCCGGCUCCCGCUCCUCCACCGCCUCCACUUUUAACAACUCCAUGGAGAGAAACAACAUGGGAAUGUGAAAACAAACAGGAACUUCUGCAGUACAUGAAUAAUUUUCAACCUCAAAAUGAAGAAGUCAAAGCCAUCAGAGUUUUACUCUGUGGACCAGUCGGUGCAGGAAAGUCCAGCUUCAUCAACUCUGUCAACAACGUCCUGCAAGGGAGGAUGACCAAUGAAGCUCUGGCCAGCUCCACAACCUCUGAUCAAAGUUUUACAAAAAUCUAUAAAACCUAUAAAAUCAAGAAAGAAGGCAAGGGAAACUUUUAUCCCUUUGUGUUCAAUGAUGUCAUGGGUCUGGAGGACGGAACUGGAGUCAGACCAGACGACAUCAAAAUAGCCUUGAAGGGUCAUGUGAAGGAUGGCUAUAAGUUCAAUCCUGCAUCUUCUCUUUCCGAUGAUGAUCCUGGCUUCAACUCUUCCCCGUCCAUCAGUGACAGAGUUCAUGUUCUGGUCUGCAUCUAUGAUGCUAAUGCAUCAGAAAUGAAAUCGUCUGUUUUACAAAAAAUGAAGGAAAUCAGAGAAGCAGCCAGUGAGCUGGGAAUCCCUCAGCUGGCGAUUCUCACCCACAUUGAUUCAGCCUGUGGGGAAACACAAAAAAAUCUGAGAAACGUCUACAGGAGCAAACAUUUAAAAAAAAAGAUGGGCGACUUCAGCUCCAGUCUGGGGAUCCCAAUGAACUGCAUCCUCCUAAUGAAGAACUACAGUCAUGAAAUUCAGCUGAAUCCAGACGUCGACACUCUGAUCCUGAGUGCUCUGAGGCUGAUGGUUGACUUUGGAGACGACUACGCUGACAAACUGUGAAGCCGCAGAACAGUUUGUGGGGAUGUGCAUGAAAAUCACAGCAGUAAUAUAGUUCAUAUCAGUUAAAAUUAUGAGGUGAAAUAUUAAGGUUAGUAUAAAAUAAAAAAAAAUAAACGUCAGUAGGGGCUUUGAUUAUAGUAAGUUUGCUUUUUCUUUAAGUUGGUUUAAUCUAAAACACCAUUCAGGUGUAGGCGCCAUAAAAGAUACAGCAGACAACAAAAAUUACUUAGAAGAAAUAAAGAUGAUGUGUUAGUCAACAAAGGAGUAAAAUAAUGAC